AGAAUUCUAUGUACUCAAAAGAGGUAGCAUAUAAAGAAUCCAUUAAUGUAUGGAAAGAAAUUAAAAAUAAGCCCAAACACCAGAUCGAAAAUAUUAUAGAAAACUUAAUUAUAAAUACUAUCUCUACUAUACAAGACUUACUUUCUGCUCAAAAUUUCAUUGCUGCUCCUUUAGUUCAGAAUAGGAUAAUUGAGAAAACUGUUGCUCCAAGUACAUUACUACUGAAUGCUGCAGUACAAAUAAAGAUAACAGAAGCUAUUAUUAAAAUAAAUAAUGAAAUUGCAGAAUGCCAAAGAACCCAUAAUACCACAAUCGAUCUAGAAGUUAAAUUCAAAUUAAUAGAACACAUAGAAAGUUUUAAGCAAACUCUUCAUAACGAGAUAGUUAAAUAUGAUUCUUCUGAGUAUCCUCCUUUAUUGUUCAAAUAUUCAGACUUGCUUGAACAAAUUAAUAACAGUAUUGAGUUCAGAGCUACUGAUAGCAAAAGGAGAAAAGAAACAAUAAAAGUUAGAACUAUAAACCAUCUACAUGAUGAAUUAGAAAAAAAUUAUGAUAAACAUAUCUCUUAUACUACUAUAUACAAUUACUUAAUGCUGUGUCAUCAAAAUUCUAUUGCAGCAAAAAAGAAUUAUCAUCUGACUAAUGUUCAGGAUAAUAAGGCCAAAAUUUCACUUGGCAUUCUUGCAGUUAGCAAAACUUUCAAAGCCAUACAAAGUGCUAAUGAGCUAACAAUUCUUCCAGAUCAUGAUUUCCCUAUUAGCUUAAGUGGCCAACUGUUGAUAUAUAUUCGUUCGCAAUAUGAAAUAGGAACAAGUUCUAUAACACAUAUGAGCGAUCUAUAUUCAUUAGCAAAUAAUAGCUAUUUUGAUAAUAGUCUUAAAAUUGAUAAUAAAAUUAGACCUAUCUGA